AUGGCUGAAAACGAUUUGGACGCAAAUUUCAUACCAGCACUGCACAAGCCUCCAGCCCUACUGCCCAUCGCCAAGCACAGAGAGAGCCUGCUUUAUACAAUUGAGACAUACCCAGUCACCAUAGUCAUUGGUCAAACAGGAUCCGGAAAGACGACGCAGAUUCCUCAGUUCUUAGAAAAGGCAGGGUGGUGCAACGAUGGCAAAAUUAUCGGCGUGACGCAGCCUAGACGCGUCGCAGCUACGACAGUUGCCUUGCGCGUCGCCGAUGAGGUUGGUUGCGAGGUUGGUAAAGAGGUGGGAUACUCGAUACGCUUCGAGGAUGUCACAUCCGAGUCGACGCGUAUCAAGUUUCUUACCGACGGACUACUCAUUCGCGAGGCGCUCGUCGACCCGCUUCUGAGCGGAUACUCGGUCAUCAUGGUUGAUGAAGCUCAUGAGAGGUCAAUCAGCACAGACGUAUUACUAGGGCUGCUCAAGAAGAUUCGCAAGAAGCGCCCGGAGCUGCGCAUCAUCAUCAGCAGCGCGACGCUGGACCCGGAGACGUUUCUCCAAUUUUUCAUCUCGAGCAGCGAAACAGCGCCAACUACCGGCGACAAAACCGAUGCAAGCAAAGUAGGAGUAGUGGUCAGCUUGGAAGGUCGGACGUUUCCGAUCGACCUGAUGUACCUUGAAGCACCGGCCGAAAAUUACGUCGAAAAGGUCAUCUCUACAGUUGUGGACAUUCACACUCAAGAGGGCGAGGGCGAUAUAUUGGUGUUCAUGACUGGACGAGAAGAGAUUGAUUUUGCAGUCCAGGCUAUUUCGGAACGUGCUCCAGAACUCGAGGCCAAGUAUGGUCCUCUUCAGCCUAUGCCACUGUAUGCUGGCCUGACUACAGAGGAGCAAAUGUACGUCUUUGAUAAGCCGCCCGAAGGAACAAGAAAAGUAGUGUUAUCCACAAACAUUGCUGAGGCGUCAGUGACCAUUGAUGGCAUUGUGUUUGUCGUCGACUCGGGCUACGUUAAGCUGCGUGCAUAUAAUCCGAAGACGGGUAUCGAGUCCCUCACCGCAACGCCCAUUUCCAAGGCGUCUGCUGCACAGCGUGCAGGGCGUGCAGGUCGAACGAAACCCGGAAAAUGCUUUCGUCUCUACACGGAGCAAGCUUACAACGGACUCGCGCAGAGUAACCCGCCAGAAAUUCAGCGAUCAAACCUGGCCCCAACGAUACUUCAGCUCAAGGCCCUCGGCAUCGACAACAUUGUGCGCUUCGACUUUCUAUCACCACCCCCAUCUCAGCUCGUAGGGAAAGCGCUCGAGCUCCUGUAUUCGCUCGGCGCACUCGACGAAUACGCCAAGCUCACGCGGCCGUUGGGCAUGCGCAUGGCGGAGCUGGCCGUCGAGCCCAUGAUGGCCAAGACGCUCCUGUCGGCGCCUUCCUUUGGCUGUUUGAGCGAGAUGCUCACCAUUGCCGCCAUGACGAGUCUCGGCAGCAGCGUGUGGUUCUACCACGACGGCGAGCGCAAGAAGAUGGAGAGCGCGCGGCGCAGAUUUGCCGCCGAAGAGGGCGACCAUUUGACUCUGCUCAACGCGUACCAGGCAUUUGUCACGCGCGGCAAGAAGGAGGCCAAGUUUUGUCACGACAAUCACCUCAAUUCUCGGGCCAUGACGCGUGCCGUGAGCAUCCGCGCGCAGCUGAAGCGGUACCUGGAGCGGUUUGGCAUCGUCGUCGACGAGACUUUAUCACGGCAGCAGCAGCAGCAGCAGCAUGAUGACGGUAGCAGGGCGGACAAGGCCGAGGCGAUACUGCGGUGCCUGACGGCGGGCUACUUUGCGCACGCGGCGCGGAUGCAGGCGGACGGCACGUUUCGCAACGUCGAGGGAGGCACAGUGCUGCACGCGCACCCGAGCUCGCUGCUGUUUGGGCGCAAGGCGGAUUGGGUCGUCUUUCACGAAGUCAUGGAGACGAAUGACAAGACGUACAUACGUGAGGCGAGCAAGACGGAAAAGGGCUGGCUGCUGGAGUAUGCGCCCGAGUUUUACAAGGUGACGAGUACGCGGAGAGAGUAG